AUGUUAAGAGGAGAUCAAACUCGUCAUUUGUUUGAAAAAUGGACUGAUGAUCAACGUCGUAUUGUUCUUGAAGAUUUACUGGCUCAAUGUCGUCCUCGUCAAUUAGCAUAUGCAAGAAAUUUAUUAACAAAAAAAUUUCCUGCUCAACAUCAAGAUUUUACUCGUUUAUUUCCACGUGUUCUUGGUCUUUAUAUAUUCUCAUUUCUUGAUCCACGUAGUCUUUGUCGUUGUGCACAAGUAUGUUGGUAUUGGAAAUUUUUAUCUGAAUCAGAUCAAAUCUGGAUGCCAAAAUGUCUUCGUUUCGGUUGGACACCAAAACAAAGUGCAUCACCAUAUGAAAGUAAUGUUUGGAAACGUGUUUAUUCAUUUAAUAUUCAAGCAUUACAAACAAUGCCUAUUCGAAUGAAUACAUUAAUACCAUUAUCGACUUCUGAUAUUGAUUUAAAAAAACUUAUAUCAUCUAAUGAGAAUAUAUCAAUGAUUGAUACAUAUGUACAAACAAUAUGUACAGGAGAUUUGGAAUAUUCUCAUCGUUCACAAAGUGGUUAUUAUGAUGAUCAAUUAUCACCUCAUGAAGAUACUGCUCGUUCACAUUCCACUCGUCAUCAACAUAAUCAAUCUCAUUUAUCAUCAUCAACUCAUCGUCGUUUAGAACAACCACCAUGGCGUACUAAUAGUCGAAAUCCAAGUGAUACACUACGUUAUAAUUAUUUGGAUAAUGAUGAUAGUGUACUUGAAUCUUUGAUUGCUAAACAUCGUAAAUAUGGAACAAGUAUUCUUCAACAAACCGAAUCUGAUUAUGAAUUAAAAAGUACAAGUAAAGAACGACAAACACGUAGUCGAACUAAUGAAAGAUAUGAACAUGAUGGAAGAAAAAGACGAAGUCAAUCUUUGAGUGCUCGUGGCAGUCCAUCAGUUAGUUUUCGUGAUGAACAUACAUCAAGAAAUUCUAAUCAUCAUAAUUCAUUUUUUGCUCGACCUCCAUCAACAUCAGGUAUUGUUAAUCGACCUGUAGACAUUCCUCGACCACCAUCAUCGGCUUCGAAAUUAAAACAAACAUCAAAAACAUCAACUCACGACAUGGCAAAUCGAACAUGGCAUUCAACAAAUAAUUAUAAUUAUGUUGAAGAAUAA